UUAACUAAUCUCCUAUAAAUUUUGUUACUCCACCACCAUCGUCCCUUCCUGGUCUCCUGAUCUUCAAAGAAGCUAUUCAUGGCUUACCAUACUACUGGGAGGACUAGCAAUAUUGUGAGUCGCUUCGAGAGCUUUUAUGAAGGGUGGUUAGUGCGACAAGAGCACUACCUCGACGAGCUUCUCUCAGCUCAAAACAACCCUUGUGAUAGUGCACGAAGAGAAGAAGAGUUAAGAGAACUCAUCACCCGAGUCCUCUCUCACUACCAACAAUACUUCGAAGAGAAAUCCACGGUGGCCAACGCUGACGUGUUUCUACUCUUCUCGCCCGCCUGGUUCAGUCCCUUUGAGCGCACGUUCCUUUGGAUCGCCGGGUUCAAACCCGGUAUGAUUGUUCGACUCGUUGAAAAUUCGGUUAAGGACAUGUCUGAGGAGCAAAAGCAGCGAUUGGAUAUGGUGAGAGCGGAGACGAAGGCGCAGGAAAAGCAACUGUCGGAUGAGCUCGCUCGAGUGCAAGAGUCGUUGGCGGCGCCACCACUUUUGGAAUUGAUGAGACGGGGGAGGAGGUUAGUAGAUGGGGAGCUGAGACAGACGGACCGAGUUCUUGAAAUACUGAGUUCGUCAAUGGAGACUUUGGUGGGGAAUGCUGACUUUCUGAGGCUGGCAACUGUGAAGGAAGUUACUGAUCUACUGAACCCAUUUCAGACUGUGAAGUUCUUAGCUUCUGUUACUCAACUUCAGCUUAGAGUUCGAACAUGGGGUAGACAGAGAGAAGCUGAGAGGCCCAGGCGAGUCCAGUGAGAAGACAGAGUAGUAGUAGUAGUCGUCGUUAGGAUGGAAUAAGAAGUGAUCCAGGAACCGUUGGGCUCAAGUUUGCCGGAGAAAUCAAUCAAUGGUGGGUUGAGCUUGAAAAGUUAAGUAGUUUCCCAGUAGU